UAAGUCCCAUUGGCAAAAUCCUCGUUCUCAGUUCUGUCUAGAAUCUUCCGAGAUAAGUGGAAGAGGUAAAACCCUAAUAAUUGAACCCCAAAAUGCCCCUAUUACAACUCACAAAUAAAAUUCCUAGUACCAUGUUCUAGCAUUUUCCAAACCACAGUAUAAAACUUAGUUGAAGGUGUUAGUUAUCCGAGGUUGUGUCAUCAUCAAUUUCGAUCAGGUGAAGAAAUGGCGGAACACUUGGCAUUGGAUUUGGAGGAGCUUCGCCACCUUCACAGCAUCGCGAAAAGACCUCGAACCCUCUCUCUACUCUCCUCCGAGAUUCGCAAUUUGGAAAAGUUAUCAUCAUCAGAGGCACCUUCUGCGCCGGCUUCACAGACUCCAACUCCAAUUUCAACUGGGACUAUUGUGUCACCUUCACCUGCAUUAAAGUAUUCCACGCUCGCGUCGUUCAGUUGGGAUCAGGAUAAUGAGAAAGUUAAGAUAUAUGUGUUAAUGGAGGGAAUUGAUGAGAAUAAGAUUGAAUCUGAGUUUAAGUCAGUGUCAUUUGAUGUUAAGUUCCACGAUGUUCAAGGGAAGAACUACCGAUGUGCAAUUUCAAAAUUGCAUAAGGAGAUAGUACCCGAGAAAUGCAAGGUUUUGGUGAAGCCUAAAAGGGCGAUCAUCACAUUGGUGAAGGCUUCCAAAGGGAAUUGGCUAGAUUUGCACUUCAAAGAUGACAAGCUGAAGCCAAAUUUGGAUAAAGAAAAAGACCCAAUGGCAGGAAUCAUGGACAUGAUGAAGAAUAUGUACGAGGAAGGGGAUGAUGAGAUGAAAAAAACUAUUGCAAAAGCAUGGACUGAUGCUAGAUCUGGAAAAACAGCUGACCCUUUAAGUAGCUACCGUUGAGCAACCAACAGAGGUUUAGAGGCUUGAUUCCUGUUUCUAGAAAAUGAUUUGCUUAAUUACAUGAUUUUGUUAUAAAAUGAAUGUUUGGUCUAUGUUCGUGGCACUUGUAGAAGAUUAGAUGUGUAGUUAUUGUUACCAAAGUUCAACCUGGUCAUAUAAUGACUAUUUUUUGUUUGUGGUUGCUCAAAUAUUUGCUUGUGACU